AUGUCGGCUCACUACACGGGAGAGGUUGAUCUGCAAUUCCUGCGCCACGGGCAAGGACAAUACCGAUAUCCCAACAGCGUUUUUAGAUACACGGGGAAAUGGAAAGCAGGGACGAAAAGCGGGCUAGGCGUGUUCGAGGUCUUGGGGGGGAGCAGAUACGAGGGUACCUUCGUAGACGGGGAGUUGGAAGGCAAGGGCUCAAAGCAAUGGGUAGAUGGACGACUUUACGAGGGAGAGUUUAACAGGGGAGAGGCCAGUGGGGAAGGGCAUUUUACCUCUCCUUCUGGCGAGUCGUACGUCGGAACGUGGGCCCUUAACAAACGACAUGGUCGAGGCAAGUUAGUUCUGCCCAAUGGCGAAGGAAGCUACGUCGGAGAGUUUCAGAGGCACAGGUUUCACGGGUAUGGCCAAUUAGCUCUCGCGAGCGGCUUUCAGUUUACGGGGACCUUCUCCGGCGGGCUUCCACAUGGUACUGGCGCUGCUGUAUACCCUGGCGGAAGCUUGUUCCAUGGUCCAUUCGACAAAGGCCGAAAACACGGACGCGGAGGGAAGUACGUGUGCGGUGUCACGGGUAUCUGCUGGAUUGGUGAGUGGGUAGCGGGCAAGGCGAAGGGGUUGCCGUCGAAAUGGGAACUGGAGCUGGACGGCGACAAUAAAACCUUAGGGGGCGGAAGGGACAGCGUCGGCCAGGCAACGCCGGCGAAGCCUCGCGCGAAGGCAGAAAAGGGCGGUGGUGGGAAGAAAGGCGCCAAGAUUUCCAAGAAAGCUGUUGAGGAGCCUGAGACGGAUGCUGCCGACAAACUAGUGAUCGCCCAUGUUAAUGACGACGGGGACGUCGCUGCUUUAUGGUGUCGCUGUGUGCGGGACGUCCAGGACAUUCCCCAACCACCGCCGAUACCUUCAGAGCUCCAAGAAGGUGUUGUUGAUGAGUUGACACGACCUGCAAAGGGGCACCAGCGAGAAGUCGUGUCCGACGAGAGCGGGAGGACACUGACCGUCACCCUGCACGAGGUGACGGAGUCUCCGCAACCGGGUUCGAUCAGUGAUCCUGUUCCGUUCUUCGUUCGUAGACCUGACGCCACCGAUGUUUCGGAGAGUCUCGGCCGGUUCCCGGUAAAAGGGCUUAUAGCACUGUUUCAGCGCGACGAGCGGUGCUACCCAAAGGAGACGACCGGCGAUGGCAGGACUCUUCUCAUCGUGCCCGGAGCGAAGCCGGCGCCCGACACCCCCGCCGAAGAAGCUGAGAUUUCGCCGCCGGCCAAAGGAAGCAAAGCACCGGCCGCGAAGAGCAAGGGGGGCGUCAAGGGCGAGAGCGAGCUAAAACCUUUCGGGGACGAUGGUAUCGAAGGACUGUGGCAAGUGAUCAGGAGCGAGGUUCAAUCGAACCGCUGUCUCGAGAUUAGGGCCGGGAAAAACUUCUCGCUUAGGACCCCACCGCUGUUUGACACGGGGCUCGGCAAAACAAAAGAACAAGAAGAUGGAGAGAGGAGAAAAAGUGUUCUAGACUCUGAAGAAAACGCAGGUGUCCUUGAAGGAGGUGGAGUGCCGCCCGAAGUGGAGAAUACGAGGGAAGAGGAUGUGACAGUAGUCGUCCACGGCAGCUCAAAACCCGUGGAAUUAUUGCAACCGAUCGAAAACGCUGACGGUGCGGGAGAGCAGCGCACGAUGAUGGUCCAGCAGCACUCCCCAUUCGCUGUGUGUCUAGAUUUCAGAUUAGACCUGAUGGAAGCCCCAAAAGGAGAGAGCACGGACGGCGAAGGCGGCCAGGAGAAACGUUUGGAACACGAAAUGAUCAUGAGGAUCGUCUUGUGCGGCAACGAUGUUGAAGUAUCUGCCGUAAUUCGCCUCUGGAUCCCUCCUACGGAACCGCCCGUUGGUGCUGCUGAUGAUGUCGGCACGGAGGCAGACCGCCCGGCGGAAAUGUCCGGAAGUGGUGCUUCUGGAGCCCUCGACAACGCGUCUCCGACCACGUUGAUCCCCCCUCGUGGCGGCGGAAAUGCCAUCGGCGACUCUAGCAGCCCUCCCACAACCCCUACUUGGUACCUCCACGCAAUAUCGAUUCGCUGUGGAUCUUUCGUUGGGACGGUGCCGUGCGCGAAUCCAGAAGACCGCGCCGUGCGACGAAAAGUGCCCACUGCCUCUGCGUCGGAGUCAUGGCCUUCGGCAGGAGCCGCACCUCCGCGGUCAGAAAGAGGCUUCGAAUGCGACCUGGCCGAGUGGCACGCCCUCGCUCUCGUCGCUAGCCCCGAACGGGUGCUCUCGCUGUGCAUCGAUGGAGAAGAACUCGAAUUGCUACAAGACGCGGAAGGUACUGCUGCUGCAGCCGGCAUCGGUUACGACGAGUCGGAGCUAUCGGCGAGCGAUGCCGUGGUUUUGGGAGGUGGGGCGGGUGGGGAGUGGGCGAGUCUCGCGGUCAAGAACCUUGCUGUGUACAACGAAUCGCCUGGCAUCGACCAGCUCCGGGCGAUAACGCAAGUAUUCCGGGUGUGGAGGGAGCGGAAGGAAGCUGCUAGAGCGACUGAUGUGCAGGAAGGAGAAAGACCGGAGUGGGUUGUGGGGGCUGAUCGCGAAACGAUCUUGCAAAAGAGAACCGUUCGCGGCGAGGCGAAAAUAGACAAGAUCGUAUUGCCAAAGGUGGCACUAGAGGGAGGAGACUGGGUCUUGAGGGUGGAGGACGUGUCGCAUGGCGAAGGUCCUGACGAACAUGGGAGCACCGGCAGGGCAAGAUCGGCGGCAUUAGCGGAAUCGUUCGUGUCGCAAGUCGUGGUGCCGGCGACGACGGCUACGGAUGAAGAGCGCAACACGUUCCCUCCGCUACCCGUGGAGACGGUCAAGCUGGAGCGGAUUUAG